AUGAAGGAAUAUGAGAUUCUGAAAUUCAAUAAUCAUGCAUAUUUCCUGUACCUGGUUCUGCGGUCUGAACUAACAGACAAAAUCUGGUUCAAAAAUAUGGAUACCUCUAAAUUUUUGCUCAUUGCACUGGUGCUUACAAUAUGUGCAGUUGUCUUUCAACUGAUUGGAUUGGCGUCGCCUUACUGGACGGUAAUUGAUGCAACGCUAGUAAAAAUUAAUUCCGGUUUGUGGAAGAUGUGUACUGAAACUGUUUCGACUGGAGAUACCAAGUGCGAAGAUGUUGUUAUAGCAGAUGGUUAUAAAGACGAUAUUAACGCAGUCCGAGCAAUGGGCAUCCUUGGAUUGCUGGUAUUGGUGGUAGCAGUAAUCAUGACAGUUUUAAAACUGUUCGUAUUGAAAGAAAAGAAACCAAUUUUAUUUGGGGCCGUUGGCACAGCUUUUGCUGGAGCGGUGUUUAUCCUUAUUUCAAUAGCAAUAUUUGCAGACAGUGCGAAGGACAUGAAUACGCUCGACUACGAUUACCACUUUGCUUUCGCCUUUAGCAUAAUAGGAAUGAUCGCAGCGAUCGGUGCAGGGGUCGUCAUGUUGGUUGAGAUCAAGUUGGUUGAGAUCAUCAAAGGAUAACUGAAUUGCAACCUACUUUUGUAUAAAAUAUUUUGGAAAUAAAAAAAUUAGAUUUAGACAUACAUGUACUAGUAUACAGUCUGGCGUUUUUAUUCCUUUACAAAUAUUAGAA